UCCUCUUGGAUGUGAAGAGUCAAGACCGCUAAUAGGAUUAUCUCUGAACUCUGUCUUUACCUUGAUGGAAAACAACUAGACACCUCAUGGCCCUAUAUAAACACUGCCCUGGGCAACUUGUCCUGGGGCAUUCUGUUUUCAAGUAACUGGGGAAUCCCUUGUGGAGGAAGGCCAUCUCCAGCAGUUAUAUUCAGAAAUGAGUGGGUCUUAUAAAAGUGCUGCUCCCAAAAGGGUUAUCCACUUUGCUGAUGGAGACACCAUAGAAGAAUACAGCACAGAGGAAGAUGAAGAAAAAGAGGAACAGAACUCAGCAUUUGACUCUUCUAAACUUUCAUGGGGAUCAUACUUCUGCUUUUGGGCAGGUCGAUUUGCAAGCAAUUCAAUUUCUACUUGUGAAUUCCUUGGUGAAAGAUUUGCCGUCUUCUUUGAACCCAAAUACCAGUAUGUGCUAAAUGAGUAUCAUAGAAGACAAAAUAAGGAAUGUGACAAGGGGAGUGAAGGGACUGGACCACAGGCCCAGGAUGCUGAGGUUCCUAAUGAACAGUGUCACCUGGGAGCUGGUGGCCAAGAAUAUGGGGCCAUCUCUUCCAGAGAGGGCCCAGUGGCAGAUUCCAGCUCAUGA